UCCUAAAAACAAAGACGCAUAAAAAACAUAGUCCAGAUUUCGCAAUUGCUAUACUAGUGCAAAGAAAGAGCUGCAGUAAAUACUGGAAUAUUUAACCCACGUGCCACACUCUCGCGGAUGAGAAACGUUCCAACUGGCUGGUGCGUUAUUGUGUCGGAGGUGUCGUGGACGGCAUCGUGUAUUUCUUAUUGGAGGUUUAAGUGACGGACGAGCAACACUGACGGAGACGGACGGAGCAAGGGUGAGACUGGAGUGACUGGGCCAAAAGAGUGGAGCCAGGAUGAGCAUGAAGUUGAAAGAGGAUGGUUUCAUGAGGACUAUAGGCAAAUCUAAAAUGAAGAGACUAGAGAAGUCAAAACCAGAUGCUGAAAGGGAUUCUGGUUUCUCAGAUGCGAGUUCUGAACAUCUAAGUGCAGUUGACCAAACAGACACAGAUGAUGCCUCUCUGCCGUUAUUGCCAGCGAUGGCGGGUUCCAGGUCUCAGACCUCUCAGCUGGCUGUCAUGAGUGGCUCUUUGCAGAAUCUAUCACCUAUGAUUAUCAUGAACAAUGUUCUUCUCAAACAGCCUGAUGAUAACCCGUCUUCUCUGAAGCCUUGGGGGUUCAAUCCAGCUAUUGAGGUUGUUCAGCAGCCCAGAGUGGUCUUCCUCCAACCAGUGGUCUCUCAGAGAGCUGCCACUACGCCAAAAGGACCUCCCAGUAAGCGACACAGGCAUAAGAAGUACCUCCCCAUCCUAAAGUCCUAUCCCAAAAUCGCUCCUCACCCUGGAGACAGCCCACAUGGUGCAUGCAGCAGCAGCAGCAGCAGUAGCAGCUCUAGCACUACUGGCUUGGUAAAGAGUUGCAAUUCGUCUUCCAGCGGUCAAGGCCGACCUCAUGGAGACAAGCAGCAAGGUUUACAAAGUAGUGCCUCUUCAGCCUCCUCCACUCCAAGCCACUUUACACCAAGCAGACAUCUUCCAGAAUCGCCUCAGCCCCACAUGGCUGUUGCUGAUUCCAACACUGGCCCCAGUGGUGAAAGGUUAGCUCCUGAAAAACUGGAGCCCCUUGCAGUGCCCACAGACAUGCAUACCAAGGCAUUACAGACCCACACAAACGUAGUGGAUGGCAUCGGCCAAGACAGUGACUCUGACAGCAGCAACAAGAGAAAGCGUUUCUGCAACACCUACAAUAUUUUAAGCAAAUCAGGGUUGCUGGACAUCACAUUGCGUACUAAAGAGCUAAUUCGCCAAAAUCGACGGACCCAGGCUGAGCUGGAUCUGCUUCGUGAACACACCAGUCUCUUCAUAGAAGCCUUGCAGACAGGAGACCUGCAUAUGUGGAGUAAGCUACAGCUGAGCAUGCAGGAGGAGGGUGAUAAGAAGUCUGUAAACAGUGGAUCAGUUGAAGUAGGACACGAGCUCGAGACUUAAAUUCUUCAGACAUUCAGAUUGCCUUUUAUUAUUAUUAUUAUUAUUAUUAUUAUUAUUAUUAUUACUACUACUACAGUGAAAUAUUCAUUUUCCUAAUUUUGAUUCCUGCCACCACAUGAACCCUUUGACAUGUCAAAGAAAAAGAGAGUGAAUAACUUGGUAGUCAAAACCACAGUAUUUUAGUAGGGGUGAGCGAUAAGGCAUCUUUACUUCAGGAACUGGGACAAAAGUAAUUAAGAAAGCAUAUAACUGCAUUGGCUUCCUGAUCCCCUUAAUAAAACAUAGACCAAUAAAACCACAGUAAUGAUUAAAUGGCUAUUUCCCAUUGUGCAGUAAAGAAAAUGCACAUCUUCAGUCAAUUUUCAAAACAUUCAUAAGGGCUUUAAUAAUAUAUUAUUGCCUCAGUACCAUAGCUAGAUAUAGAGGGAAAUGAACGGGGGAGACUAGUUUUUAAAUGUAAAUGUGGUGGUAUUUGCUUAAAAUAUAGGCCUGUAAUGUAAACAUAAGUAGGUAAAACAGGUUGAAACCUCAAUGCUCUGUGGAGUCAUGUGACAGAAUGAUGUCAUUUCAGUAUGUCUUCAUUUUAUGGUUUUGUUGCAUUACGACUUUUUUUCAAAACAUUUUUUAAACCAAAUCUGCUUACUGCUGAAAAUUAAAAAAUAUUAUAGUGUGAAAUUUUGUAUUAUCGCCAUGUCUUUUGAGGUUGUCCACAGCCAUUUAGUAGCUUCAGCCUUAACUUAAACUCUGAUUGUAAACCAUUUGUAAGUUUUCUGUUAUGUAUCUUUUAUCUCUGCUCAUCAAAAAGGUGCCAUAGCAUUACUACCACUUACCAAAUCAUGUGAUGGAUGCAUAUUAAUCAAUUAUAUGUUGUGGGAUUUGCUCUGGGUUUUAUCAGCCAAGCCAAAGAUUCAAUGGCUAUUACAUUUUAAAAGGAAAUGUUUGACCAGAUUUUCGUGUGUAUGACCCACAGCACAGACAUUUGAUCUGUAAAAGCUUGAGACACUGGAAGUAUCAUCAUGGACAC